CCAUUUUGGGUGUUUUUCUUUGUUCGAGACGUAAUCUGUUUGUUUUUCUCUCUUGCCUCUUGAUUGAAAGCUGACAAUAUGGUAGUUGCAGCUUCCCAGAAUCCACCUGGAGUUGAGGCUCCUCCUCAAAGUGUUCCUUUUGGGAUGCAGGGGUCUCGACAUGCUGGCCCAAAUCCCUACAGAGGACCCAGUCCAAAUCACCUGGACCGUCAACAGCAAGGCAACUGGCCCUUCUUCUAUGUUCAACCCUCACAGCCUUACUUGCCAUGCCAGUGGCCCAUGCCGAUGCCUUAUGUUCCCUACGGAGGCUUCCCUGGGUUGGGUUAUGGCAUGGUGUUGCCACCUUUCCCUCCUGCUUCAUAUGUAGAAGCUCCUGGCUACAUCCUUCCCCACACCCAGCUGCACAUGGUUGACUACAGGCGAAUGAUGGCACCUCACUUGGCACCCACGAUGGCGUACCAAGCUCGUCGUUUCCGCUACCAGCACACGACGCCAUCUGGCCGAGUCAUGGUCAGUUCAGAAGUUCAAACCGAGCCUGUUUGUACCAACUCUGCACAACAGGGCUGCAAUGUUGUGACCAGCACCCAGAGAAGCUCUGAAUCAGGAAACACUGUUUCUAGAAGCAUUGUCUCAUCACCUAGACCGAGCGAAGACAAAACUGCUUGUCCUGAAAAGGGCUGCACAACGUCAAGUAAAAUGCUUGGAGAAACUGCAAGAAUUGAGCCUGUUCAAAAUGGUGUUCUCUUCCAAGCGGAGGAGGUACGGAUCGAGUGUAGUGGCUCCCCGUCUGCAGUGAAGAUCACUCAUUCCAAGGAGACCACUGAGCUAGCCAGCAAUGCUGAUGGUGAGCUCUUGCAGUGUAACAUGGGUGCUGCUGAAGAUGUGGUCUUAAGGUGUUUCCAACCUGUACCAUUUGGUGGUGACGAGGAACUAAAGAGUAUAAAAGACCUCAGCCACUUUGAGGACCCUUGCCCUGAUAUUCUAAUGGUUUCUUGUCCCUCAAAUGGUUCAGUGAGCACACUAAAUGGAUCAAUUGUUGCACCUGUUGAGCCAGUCAACAGUACAUUGGUUCAGGGGGAUCCCAGCUUGGUAAAAAGUGCUCAGGAUAUCUGUGGGAACCACAAGAACAUUCACUUCAAAAUCUUGCGGCUUCCCUUUGAACUGCAGUGCUUGGAUGAAUUGCGGCAGAUAGAGGCCUCUGUCUGGUCUGUGGAGUCUUUGAUGCCUUAUAUGCCUACUUCUGAGUGGAUGAUGCAAAAUAGCCUGAUGACCCCUGGGAAACCAUCCCUUGCCACAGUAAUGGAGGUUCCUGCUGAGAAUCCUCUACAACCAAAUCAUUCACCAGCAGAUGCAACACAAUCUUUGCUGGAAGCUGGAACAGUGAUUGAACUUGAUGGCCAAGACUCAAUGACCUCACUUGAAUCCCUUCCACCAUUCCUUCCUUUAGUCAGCAGACUAGCAGACUUUAAUAAUGCAUAUUAUGAUAAACUAUCCUCUAAUCUUAAGAUCAGCAACCCUGGUAACUGGGCAAAGGGACAACCUGAAGCCCAUCAGGACACCAAAGUUCAGUCUGGACACCAAAGUCCCAAUACUGCUCCUAAGAAAUUGAAAGAGGAGACUACCAACCAGAGUGUUGUGAUGUCUGGGGUUUCUGAUCAGGAACAUUGCACAGCUCAUCUGUUUCCAGAUUCACCUCUCAAACACAAAGUACGCACGUGUAAAAGCUGUUCAGUGAAACACUGCGCAGAUAUCUGCUCUGGUAGUCCGAGCAGCAAGGUUGGCCGCAUGAAGCGGCACAAGGUUUCUCGUGCUCAUUUAACUGGGGAUAAGGUCAAGGUUCUGUUGUGUGCCACGUGCAUGAGCGAUCCUGAGAAGAAAGCUAGGUGCAAAGUGGCUGCCAUUACAGCCAACCCUGAGUCGAACGACAUGAACAAUGAAAUGAGCGAAGUCUCUGAAAACGAUGUGUAUCCUUCAAAAGCAUGCUCAAAAAAGUUGUUCAAUAUUCAAAAUCCCCAUUCAGGCAAACAUUUGGAGAAAUGCCCCAUGUCCCAGCAGUCCCAGCUGAGGGAGCAGAAUUGCUCAUGUGAGGAUUCAAAAGCUUUGCAUUCCACUUCAGCAUGGAAUGGUAAUGGAUGUAGCCAGCAUAUCGACCUCACUUGGGAAAGAAAUGAGGAAAACCUGGCUCUUUUAUCGGUGGAGAGAUGGAGGGAUACUGACCAGAGAUUCACUGGCGAGAAGUCAUGGAGAGGAGGUAUGCAAGGGUCGGAUAGCGAGAGUACCAAAAGCGGAGGAAAGAUGAGGACUCGCAAUAAACAAAAACAAUGUACACAAUCACUAGAAGUUCACAGAAGAGACACAAGAUACUGAUGACACUAUUUGCACAGUGACUAAACCGAAAAGGGCACGUUUUAAGAUCACGUUUUAAAAUGUCACAAGUAACUUCUUUUUUUCCCCCCCACUUCCUUUUAAAAGAAAAGCACAGAUCACAAUUUUUAUACAGUGAUUGAAUAAAGCACUUUUGAGUUCUUUA